AGUGGGCAGGCCGGCCUCGGACCCAUGCAGUCAAUUGUCCCAGGCAGUGUGGAGACCGGGCCAUCAUGCCAGGAGCUGCCCCGGGGUUUCCUGCACAGUCUCCGGACUCUGUUCGAUAUCCUGGACGAUGGGCGAAGGGGCUCGGUUCACAUCUUGGAGAUCGAGUCCCGCUGGAGCCAGGGCUCCCCCGGCCGGGCACUGCCCCCGGGGGUACUGCAGUGCCUGCGCAGAGUGGCACCAGCCUCUGGGUACCUGACCUUCGACAGGUUCGUGCAGGGGCUCCAAUCCUCCCUGCUCAGCCCCGGGAACAGGCAGGCACAAGAGAGCAGCAACUCCGUAUGGAAGAGGAGUAAGAAUGGCUCUCGGAGGAGCAGUGAGAACCCGGCCAGUUUAAGAACGCUAAAGGUCUCGAGUCAGAUCUGCCCAGUGACUGAACGUCACCACCUGACGUCAGACAAAUUCCGAGCUCCUGGGGUUCAACCAAAAUCACCGCUGAGGGCGAGAUCGGCAAACAUUCCCAAUAACCGGACAGAGCCAGAUCAUGUCUCACUGGACCCUGGCCAGUGCAAAACCACUCUGGCCGAGAGGGAGCCAAUGAUGGAACAGAAAGGAACCAACACAGGACCACAGACUGCCAUCGAGUGCCUUGGAUUGGAAGGGCAGAAGCGUCUGGAAGCAGAGGGGAGACACAUAGCUCGCUGCCAAAGUGAGGCCUCCUGCGGUCGAAUGGCAUCUGGCCUCGAACACAGACAGGAACGUGGUGAGCUUCGUCGUCACACCAUAACCAAUGGGAUUGACUAUGACAGGCUGAAGUGGAUGAAGGAGCUGGAACAGGAGAAGGACGCCUUGCUGCAGGGUCUCGAGGUGAUUGAUUGUGCCCGAGGCUGGUAUAUCCAGCAGAUCUGGGCAAUCCAGGAACGUCAGAAAAAUCUCAGCAAGUCCCCCAGUGGCAGUGCCAAUGCUGCUGAAGGCCACUCGGUCCGAAUGGACCUCCUCCUGUCCAAACUGCAGGCAGUGAGGCACUGCCUUGUUGAUCUCACCUCCUGCUCUGCCAAGAUGAUGUCCCGGUCGUGCAAUAUGGUGAACGGCUGUGAGUUUCCAGCUCCGUGUAACAUUCCCAUCUCUGGGAACAAUCUCCAGAUGGUCACGAUGCUGAAGGAGCAAAAUCGGCUGCUGACCCAGGAGGUUAGUGAGAAGAGUGAUCGCAUUACCCAGCUGGAACAAGAGAAGGUGGCCCUGAUAAAACAGCUCUUCACCGCUCGUUCCCACAGCCAUCACGACAGCAGCCAACUCGAUUCCACUUUCAUCUGAUCUACAGCCGGUGAUGUCUAACUGAGACAGGUCUCCUCUGUUCCCUGGCACAGAGAUCCCACUGUCACACACUGGCUGUCUGCUCUGAUCACUCCAACAACACUUGAACCCCCCCUCACUCCAGCUCAGUCCCUGCUCUGUGUACGUGUUCAGGCACUGUCUGGUAGCAGGCAGCACUUUACAGGUGGUUUGCAUUGCUAUCCUAUCCUCACUCAGACCAGCAACGCUAUCGCCAUACUCAGUUAGUCUGGCAAUGUCUCAUUCUUGAGUCAACAGGUCAUAUCUAACCCCCUCUGUGUCUGUGUGCAUCGUGAACAUUGUUUACUUUUACUGUGAUUUGAAAUGUCUUUAGAACACUUUUUUUCUCUCUCUCUCCAAGUAUGGGGGCUUGGCAGGAGAUGUGAGGGCAGUCUCAGCGCACUCCUCCCACUCCCCCCAGUUUGAGUUUACAUUUUAUUACAGUUGGUACUGCCUGAGAAAGGUACUGGACAAAUCCUCCAACAUUCUCUCAGUUGGAGAGGGCUGCUGUGUUCUCUGUUUUGUAAUAAAGUGACUUUUUCUCUGGU